AUGGAGGGUGGGAACGGAAACCGUGGCUCCUCUUUCUCCCAAUCACGUCACAGUCGUGGUCGUGGUCGUGGUCGUGGUCGUGGUCACAGAUUUCGUUCAAAUCAAUCCAAAGUUUCAAGCUUUGAUGAAAGGGUUACUUCUUCUAGCAGUGGCAGCAGAGCUUCCACCUCUGUUCUCGGUGACAAGCAAGAAGAGGAUGCACAACCAUCAUCCAAUUUUGUUGGAACAUGUCCUUACAUGUGCCCAGGUGAGAUCCUUGAAAGGACCCAACGUGAAAAUAUGCGAGAUUUGGCAGUUUUUGAGAGGCUAAAUGGAAAUCCUAGAAAAUCAUCUCCAGCUCUUGCUAUCAAGAAGUUUUGCAGAACUAUAUCCACCAAAUAUGUUCAAGCAUCAGAUUUACGGCCUAUUGCUGUUUUGGAAAAUACUUUAAAUUACCUUUUGAGUUUGCUGGAAUCUAAAGAGCACUCAUUUGAAGAAGUUCAUGACUUCAUCUUUGAUAGGACAAGGUCCAUACGUCAAGAUAUUACUAUGCAAAAUAUUGUGGACAACAAAGCAAUUUACAUGUAUGAGGGAAUGGUCAAAUUCCAUGUCGUAUCACAUUACAAACUUUGGUGUUCUAUAUCUGAUCCAAACACUGCAUCAAUGCAUCAUCUCAACUUGGAACAGCUCACGAAGACAUUGACAUCUCUGUUCAAUCUGUAUGAGGCAAAUCGAAAUUCAAAUUAUGUGCACGAGAAUGAAGCUGAAUUCCAUUCGUUAUAUGUGCUGCUUCAUCUUGGUUCUUACAGUCAACCGAUGGGGGAGCCACUUUCUUUGUGGUUUAGACGUGUAUCAACUCCAGUACUGAAGUCAAAAGAAAUGUGCUUUGCUAGAAGAAUCUUACGAUCAUCCCAACUUGGUAAUUAUAAGGAUUUCUUCAGAACUGCAGCAGCUCAGGCAUCAUAUCUGCAGUUCUGCAUUAUGAUGCCUUUUAUCAAUGAAGUUCGUGCGCUGGCUUUAUCUUGUAUAAAUUUUGGUGGAUACAAACUUCAUCCAUAUCCUCUGUUGGACCUCUCAAAAUAUCUGAUGAUAAAGGAAUCAGAUUUGGAAUCUUUUUGCCAUUCUUGUGGUCUCGAAAUUUGUACAGAUGAAUCUGGAAAUAAGUUACUUCCCACUAAGCAAACUACAUUCAGGCAUCCUAAAGGGGAGUUCCAAAGCUAUAGUUUCGUGGGCUUGCAAGAAUAUGAAAAGUUAUAG